UAUGAAUUUUAUAUUUUCAGAUUAGGUAUAAUAUUAGAAGUAUUUUCCCGGCAUUUUUAGGGGCUUCUUCUAUGUUCCCAAUUGUGCGUGUUGACCAUGGGAACACAGUGCGGUUAUUUUAACAUUUAACUACAAGCGUAAGAAAAUUUCAGAUGUGAUUUUGAGGAGAUUUUACCUCGAGUUUGUGAUAUCGGUGUCUCUUGAAGACUAAUCAAGAUGCAGGCACUGGUGGGAGCUUUGAAGAAACAACCAGUGAUCACCAACACCAUUGUUUACGGGACACUCUACGUCGCUGCUGAGUUCGGGCAGCAAAUGUUCAGGAGGUAUACAUCGGAGCCGCCCGAGCCAGGAGCCGACUACCCUCCCGUAGACACGGGCUCUCUGGCGAGGUUUGGGGUGAUGGGCACCUGCGUCCUGCCACACACCCUCUACCACGCGUACAAGUAUCUGGACGCACGGUUCCCCGGCAACAGCGGCCCCAUGGCCAUCCGCAAGCUGGCUAUCGACGCACUCGUCAUCACACCCAUCAACCUGACGCUCUUCUAUGUCGGAAUGAGCGCUAUGGAACGCAAGGACGAUCUCCUGGCCGAGUGGAGAGCCAAACUCAUCCCAACGUUCAUUACGGCGAGCUGUUUUUGGGUACCAGCGAACUUUGUGAACUUCAAGCUGCUGCCGCCACACGUGCGCGUGGUGUUCGUGGGAGGCUGCCAAAUCAUCUGGGUGUCCAUCCUCUGCUGGUUCAAGAAGCAGGAGUUCUGAGUAAUUCAUCUUCCCGUCCGUGUAUAUCGAAUAUCUUAGUUUACUCACACACAACUCGAUGGUACAGUCAAGCCUGGACAUUCAUAAUCUCAAUUUUGAGUGCAGUCUCAUAACCUUAAUUAUGAGUGUAGUUUCACAAUCUCAAUUAGAGUACAGUCUCAUAACUUCAAUUUUUAGUGCAGUCUCAUAACUUAAAUUUUGAGUGCAGUCUCAAACCUCAAUUUUGAUUGGUCUCAUAACUUCCAUUUUGAGUACAGUCUCAUAAUCUCAAUUUGGAGUGCAGUCUCCUAACUUCAAUUUUGAGUGCAGUCUCAUAACUUCCAUUUUGAGUACAGUCUCAUAACUUCCAACUUGAGUGCAGUUUCAUAACUUUCAUUUUGAGUGCAAUCUCAUAAUCUCAAUUUUGAGUGCAGUCUCCUAACUUCAAUUUUGAGUGCAGUCUCAUAACUUCCAUUUUGAGUGCAGUCUCAUAAUCUCAAUUUUGAGUGCAGUCUCCUAACUUCAAUUUUGAGUGCAGUCUCAUUCUCAAUUUUGAGUAGUCUCAUAACUUCAAUUUUGAGUGCACUCUCAUCUAAAUUUUGAGUAGUCUCAUAACUUCAAUUUUGAGUGCACUCUCAUCUAAAUUUUGAGUAGUCUCAUAACUUCAAUUUUGAGUGCACUCUCAUCUAAAUUUUGAGUAGUCUCAUAACUUCAAUUUUGAGUGCACUCUCAUCUAAAUUUUGAGUAGUCUCAUAACUUCAAUUUUGAGUGCACUCUCAUCUAAAUUUUGAGUACAGUCUCAACUCGUGCAGGUGCGCGUUCAAGAAGUAACGUGUUCGUAGAUAUGCGCUUUGAUACAGGGGCUACGAUUAUUGUUAUAAGUUUUUAUCAUUUCAUUUAAAAACUAUCGUGUUAAACUACAAGCUAUAUGAGAAGAUAAUACCGUAAACUAUUGAAAACAUUCUGCAUAAGUUGGAAACUCGUAGCUCGAUGGCGAGAGAACCCAUCUCAUGUUGUGUGCCUUGAAUGAUGUCUACAAUGUACGUAAAGUUGUUAUAGUGAAGCGACAUGAAGGCAACCCUUUUAACGAACAUAAAGAUAAAUAAGAUAUAAAAGUAACAAGGUAAUUUUGCAAUCCUCGCUUGGUUGUCGUAAAUCUGGCUUUAAAGUUUCCACCCGGCGAUCAUCACAUUAUCUAUAGUUUGUGACAGUAUAAUACUUUUAAACGGUUAAUCAAGCAAGCAGCAGUGUAAAUUUAAUUUUCUUAGAAUGAAAUUGGCAAGUUUUUAAUUGCGAGAGAAGUUAUGUAAGUUUGACGCACAUUACUAAUACAUCGAAAUGAUAACAAGAAUCAGGUUUCGAGAACACAACAGCCUACGUAAGAGCGGCGAUACAAUCGUUGACGAGAUUUCGCUGCAGCGGUAAUCCUAGAAUCUUCAUUCGUAUUUAUUUUGUUCUAUUUUUCACGGACUUCUCGCUCAUUACUGUUAGUAAAUCAUUUCGUGGAAAUUUUCCUAGUGCAACUGCACCGUUGAUUUUUUAGAGUAACGAUGCAAACCUGUAUGAUUUUAAUCAUUUCGGAGGUGGAUUUUGUAGAACCAAAUGACCCAAAGACACGCAAACAAGAGGCUGCUGAUUCAAAAGCCUAUUUCUCGGAUUGACAAUUCUAAUCCCACUUAUCAGUAGGGCAUUUGAACCACAAGCCGUAGACGUCAGAGCUGUGAGCCAACCGGUACAUUUCCUUCUGUCCAUGUUCUCGCUUCCCCGCACUUGAAGCAAAACAAUCGUCAGUUAUGGAAAUAUCAGGUUUAAAAACGGGAUCCCUUGUGUAAUCAAGCCACGAUAAGUACAAGAAUCGGCAACAGGCCAUGGGCCUACUUCUUUGGUGCCGACACUUCUAUUUUACUAAACAACGACUUUGGUUUUCCUCUCGUCACGCAUGUUGUUAACAAUGAUGUUUAAGAUCAGCAGUAGUGGAGUCGUGUUGUGUUCCACUUUUGUCUCCGUACCAUUAAGUUAAGGUUUUUAUAAGAAUUGUUGCAUUGUUGUUCAAAUGAGAUUACAUGAUAACAGUAACAAA